CAGUGGUGAGCAGGUUUCUAGUCUCUUAAAUGGUGUAGGAGGAGACGGAUAUCUAUCAUGGAACGGUUCCAGUUUGAUAAAGAAAUCAAAAUACAAUGCCGAGAAUGAAACACGUGGAUUCGUGUGUCAGACAGGUAGGUACUAGACAUUUUUAAAAUCAAAAUACUAGCUUAACAUUAACGAAACAUAUAUAUAUAUUUUUACACUCCUCUGCAUGAGAAGAGAAAUAUAUUAAUUAACACAAAGCUUUUAAAAAAAAAAAUAUUUAAAAGGGAUUACAGAAUAAUGUUUCAAUCAAUAUACUUAUUCGAAUAAAUUGCAGUCAUAUUUAACUGCAAAUUGUAUAGGAUAAAUGUUCAAUAUUAAAUUACCCAAUAUAUAUAUAUAUAGCCUUUUAUCUUUGUUUAAACAGCUGCCGUAGACCAAAAUCCACGUCAUUACUUGGCCAUUCUCCCACACAUGCCUUUCACCAAUUCCAACACAGGAUAUCUCAAGGUAACGGCCAACUACACAUUUACUGUGUAUGUGAAGUUCCAAGUGAUGAAUGGCGAGAGCACUGGCGUGGAGGAUGAGCGCAUCGAAGCCCUAUCACCUAAAAAUGAAUUGAAAUAUGAACUGAAUUCUUCACCUGCCAGCUUACGAAAAGGUGAUUGUGUUUCUGAUAUAUUUCAACGAUCUUAAAUCUCAACAAAAUUAAUUUUGGCGUUAUUUUUUAAAAUAUUUUCUUCUUAAAGGGACGAAUCGGGAAUUGUAUUUUUAAAACAAGAUAGUGUAGUGAGAUUACUGUUUGUGUCUCUUGAACCAAACCGGGCCUAUAUCAGGUUGACCACCAAAAACGGAAUACAAGUCAAGAAAUCGACUCGAUCUUCAUGUAAGUUUUCGAUGACGACUGCAUCUAAAAUUUCGCUUCAAACACAAGCCAGUCAUUUUAUGUAGACACUCUCUGUUGUUCAAUGAUUCGAUAUACACACUCUAGCCAGAAACUCUGUAGAGAAAUUCUAGCCAGAUACUCGAUAGAGUCAGAUUCUAGCAUGAUACUCGAUAGAAACAGACAUUUGCCAGAUACUCGAUAGAGACAGACUCUAGCCAAAUACUCGAUAGAGACAGACUCUAGCCAGAUACUCGAUAGAGACAGAUUCUAGCGGGAUACUCGAUGGAGACACUCUACCACUAAGACAUUUUCUUGGCACCCGUUAUUUCGAUUUCAUCUCUUUUUGUUCUAUACAUUGACGGCCCACGGUCAAGUACAGAUUGCGGCGAGACCAACUGUAUAAAUUAGGUCAACCCUGUAUUAUAACCUUAUGAUAAGCAUCAAUGUACUAUUAACAUAAACUAGUAUCUGGGACCAUUAGUCGUAUUUGUUGACAUAUACAUUUUAAAUUAUGUUUGAUGGGAAAUCCUUGUACCCGCAAAAAUCUCAUGUCUGCAUUAAAAGUUCACUUCUAACUGUGUGUAACUCCUAAAGUUCCUUUCAUUCAAUCUCAGAAAUUGUCCUCAGGUUCUCGGUCAGCUUUUGUCAACAUAUACACCAACCAACCCGUCUCAGUAACACUAUUCGUUAUGGACGGACGUGAGCACGGGGCAGGGCAAGACAUCUUUUUAGCCAGCGCACGUGUCAACACCUCUAGUGCCACUUACCUUCUAUUUCCAAUGUUACCUGAAGUAAACGGUAAAUAUGUAUUUACAAGGUUGCUAGGUCUCCACAAAUUUAUCUACAAAGGGGCACAACAAACUAAUAUGAAAGAUCACCUUAUGCUCAACCUGUUCUUCCCCUUUUUUCUCAACCAUACUUUUUUUUUUCUUUUUUCGUAAAAUAUUCUUUAUUUUUAGUCAAAUGCCAUUUCUUCCUCAACCCUAUAACCUCAAUCCUAUAACCUCAACCCUAUAACCUCAACCCUAUAACUUCAACCCUAUAACCUCAACCCUAUAACCUCAACCCUAUAACCUCAACCCUAUAACCUCAAACCCUAUAACCUCAACCCUAUAACCUCAACACUAUAACCUCAACCCUAUAACCUCAACCCUAUAACCUCAACCCUAUAACCUCAACCCUAUAACUACAAUAAACUAUUCGAACUAAAACUUAAGGACACCAUUCUACACACCCCUGUCUUAAUAUUUAAUCCGCUAUUAACAACGUACUCUUUCCUAGCUCCACGAACGUUAUGCGAAAUGAAAUGAUAAGGGGAACAAAAAUAGGUGUUAAAAAAUUUACAUUUGUCCAUUUUCUCAUUCACGCCUUAAUUUAAAAUCAUUAAAAAAAUAAUAAAUCACCUUUGAACAAUUUUCAUUUCGAAAGAAAAAAAUAUUUGUUCAAAUAAUUUCCGUCCAACUACACGUCAAGAAAAUUUCUUGCGGAAAUAAUUUUUCAGGUCUAAUUAAGCCCUACCUAAAUCGGUACGAAUUUUGUCUAAAUUUGUCAAUUAUUUGAACGACUAUUUUGUGCUUUGGAAUAUUCCAUAAUAUUUCUUCUUAAGCAUCGAUUUUCUGCUUUAUGAUUUGUGAAACGCCCCCCUCCCCCCUUUUUUUUCCAUAAUUUAACUUAAGCCAAUAUUUAAUUCCAUCGAAACACAAUUUUGUCCCCCCCCCCCAAACAUUAUGCUUUAUGAUUUGUGAAAUGCCCCCCUCCCCCCUUUUUUUUCCAUAAUUUAACUUAAGCCAAUAUUUAAUGUCAUCUAAACACAAUUUUGUCCCCCCCCCCCCAAACAUUGAUUAUUGAAAUAAUUUGAUUUUCGCUUUAAGUUUUUCAGCUGCUCUAUUUUUUUUUAAAUUAUCCAUACAUUGAUGACACUAUUCCUGUAAUUGCAGACGUGAACGACACACGAGGUUCUGGAUUUAACCAAUGGAAGGAUGAAAUUAACAAGAAGCUAAUUGUUGACGCAAAAACCACAUCCGCUUACAGAAGGUCCAAAGAGUCCUCUCCGGACACGCGACUGUCAGCUAAAGUGAUCGGCAGUGUUCUUGGC